GCGGCGGUGGCCGAGCGCUGGGUCCCGUGAGCGCGGGGGGCGGGACGGGGGCACCGCCACAGGCCCGGGACAGCCCCGGGACAGCCCCGGGACAGGCCGGCCCCCCGAACCGGGCACCGCCACCGCCCCGGGCAGCGCCCCCCGACCGCCCCGAGCCGCCCCGGCCUGCCGGGGUCCGCACCGGCAGCGUCCCCCGAGCCGCCCCGAGCCACCGGGCUCGCACCGGCAUCGCCCCCCGAGCCGCCGGAGCUACCGGGGUCCCACCGGCAUCGCACCCCGAGCCGGCCCCGAGCCGCCCAUCGCCGCCGAAGGUGUGUGAUGCCAAGCACAGCCAUGAAGAAAAAGGUGCUGCUGAUGGGUAAAAGUGGGUCUGGGAAGACCAGCAUGAGAUCCAUUAUCUUUGCCAACUACAUCGCCCGGGACACGCGGCGCCUGGGGGCCACCAUUGAUGUGGAGCAUUCCCACGUUAGAUUCCUGGGAAACCUGGUGUUGAACCUGUGGGACUGUGGAGGGCAGGACACCUUCAUGGAGAACUACUUCACCAGCCAGAGGGACAACAUCUUCCGCAACGUGGAGGUGCUGAUCUACGUGUUUGAUGUGGAGAGCAGGGAGCUGGAGAAGGACAUGCACUACUACCAGUCCUGCCUGGAGGCCAUUCUCCAGAACUCCCCCGAUGCCAAGAUCUUCUGCCUGGUGCACAAGAUGGACUUGGUGCAGGAGGACCAGCGGGAUCUGAUUUUUAAGGAGCGUGAGGAAGACUUGAAGCGCCUUUCCCGGCCCUUGGAAUGUGUUUGUUUUAGAACUUCCAUCUGGGAUGAGACACUUUACAAGGCCUGGUCCAGCAUUGUCUAUCAGCUGAUCCCCAACGUGCAGCAGCUGGAGAUGAACCUGAGGAACUUUGCUCAGAUCAUCGAGGCAGAUGAGGUGCUGCUGUUUGAGAGAGCCACGUUCCUGGUGAUUUCCCACUAUCAGUGCAAGGAGCAGCGGGACGUGCACAGGUUUGAGAAGAUCAGCAACAUCAUCAAACAGUUCAAGCUGAGCUGCAGUAAGCUGGCAGCUUCUUUCCAGAGCAUGGAGGUCAGGAACUCCAACUUUGCUGCUUUCAUUGACAUCUUCACAUCCAACACCUACGUGAUGGUGGUCAUGUCAGACCCCUCCAUACCUUCCGCAGCCACGCUGAUCAACAUCCGGAACGCCAGGAAACACUUUGAGAAGCUGGAGAGGGUGGAUGGACCAAAGCACAGCCUGCUCAUGCGCUGAUCCCAGGCACUGGGGCUUUGGGGGGAGAAAAAACACAUCGGGACUACUUCUUUUUAGGAGAAUCUAACACUGUCCAUGUCUUUGUUGGGCUUUGAAAUGAGUGUGCUGCUUGUUUUUUCUCCUUGUCACGUUGGACACUAGAGCUGGAGGUUGGCUGAAUGUGCUGAGGACCUUCCUGGAGUUCCCUGGCACGGGAAGGUGGGGAAGGAGGCAGGACACGGGUGAUGUGCCCCCAGGGGGUGUGGCAGAGCCCUCGUGGAUGCGUGGCUGCCAGGUGAUGGGAUAUUUACAGCUUCCUUGGAUGGUUGCUAGAAUAAGUUUAUAAAUUUCUCCUCGUCUUCGGUCAUGGAAAUAAAUUUUUGCUACCAGG